AAUCUCAAAGGGAUCACAAUCUUAUAUUACUUUUUUCUCGAUGAUAAACUUGGAGAAAGAAGAAGCCAAAGAGAAGCAGAUCUUGAUUCGUGAGGGAAAAAGAAAAAUUAAUCAUCACGUUAAUACAACGUUACUCGUGAAGAUUUUUGAAGCUUUCACAAUCGAUGACAGAGAUCUUUUGAAACCUUACUAUGGCAGUAACUACUAUUUUAUCAAGGCAUGGUUAGACGAAACCAAACAAUACGGAACAUAUGUGGUAAAAGGUUUCAAAGACUACUCUUUUGUGGUUAAUCAAGAAAUGAAGAUUCCUUUAGAUUUUCCUGCACAGUAUCUUUACAUAGAAUUGCUUAAAGGGUUCACGUAUAGAGAUCCUGGAACAUCCAACGGAACCGUUGUGAUGGGUCGUGCAAAGAUUCGAUUGCCUCCUCUUACCAGCUAUAAGGUGGUCUCCGGUGACAUCGAUCUCGUCGGUUUGAAUAGUGAUCAAUGUGUCGUGAAAAAGGGAUCCCUAAAAUAUGCUAUGAAAAUUCAUAGUUAUGCACUCAUCUCUUACCUUCUUAAAAAAACUCUAAUGAUCUGUUACGUUUUGUUUCUUUCCUCUGUUCUCGUUUCUGCUACGGCGGCGUACCAUCCUACUGAAGUCUUUCUCUUCAACUGCGGCGAUACUUCCGACAACAUCGACAACAAUGGCCGGAAUUGGACAGCAGAAGAUCAGAAAAUUCUGUCGUCAAAUUUAGUCAACGCUUCAUAUACUUCAGAAGCAUCAUACCAAAAAUCAGAUGUUUCUCAGAUUCCGUACAUGAAAGCUCGAAUUUUCAAAUCUGAGUUCACUUACAGUUUUCCAGUCACUCCUGGCUGGAAAUUCCUCCGUUUAUACUUUUACCCGACUCAAUAUAAAUCCGGUUUUGACGCCGUUAACUCCUUCUUCUCCGUCAAAGUCAACGGUUUCACUCUCUUGCGAAACUUCAACGCUGAUAUAACGGAGUCAAGUUCUCUAAUCAAAGAGUUUAUCAUUCCGGUUUACCAAACUCUAAACCUCACCUUCACGCCAUCUGAGAAUUCGUUAGCUUUCGUUAACGGAGUCGAGAUUGUCUCCAUGCCUGACCGGUUUUACUCAAAGGGAGGAUUUGACGACGUUGUAAGAAACGUCAGUAGCGAUGUUGACUUUGAGAUAGAUAACUCAACGGCUUUCGAGACCGUUCACCGAGUAAACGUUGGUGGACAAAUGGUCACUAAUGUCGACGAUUCAGGAAUGUUCCGGCGGUGGCUUCCGGAUGAUUCUUUCGGAAAUUCGGGAUCUAUUGUGAAUGUUCCAGGUGUAAAGAUCAACUACAUGGAGAAAACUCCGGAGUAUGUUGCCCCAUAUGAUGUGUACGCAACUAGUCGAUCAAUGGGGAACUCCAACAACUUGAUUUUUAACCUGACGGGUAUGUUCCUCACAGUUGAUGCCGGAUAUAACUACCUCGUGAGGCUACAUUUCUGUGAGACACUUCCACAAGUGACUAAACCAAGCCAACGCGUCUUCUCCAUCUUCGUUAAAGAUAAGAUGGCUAAGAAAGAGAUGGACGUGAUACGGUUGAGUGGUGGUCCUCGGAUUCCAAUGUAUUUAGAUUUUAGUGUGUAUGUUGGUUUCGAAAGUGGGAUGAGACAACCUGAGCUACGACUUGACUUGCAUCCUUUCAAGGACACUAAUCUAACGUAUUACGACGCUAUUCUGAAUGGUGUAGAGAUUCUCAAGCUGAAUGAUUCUGAUGGUAAUCUUGCAAGACCAAAUCAAAAACUUAUAGUAUCUACGGACGACUCAACACCAAACGGUUCUAAUGUAUCACCACCAAUAAAUGGUAAGCCACAUGUUUUGGUGAUAAUCCUCAUAGCCGUUGGUUCUGCAAUUGGGCUAGCGACUUUCAUUGUUAUCAUCAUGUUGUUGAUCCGUCGGAAGAAGAAUACAAAGGAAAAUAGUGUCAUCAUGUUCAAGUUACUACUGAAACAGUACACUUAUGCAGAAUUGAAGAAAAUUACAAAGUCGUUUUCCCACACCGUUGGGAAAGGAGGGUUUGGAACUGUAUAUAGAGGAAAUCUUUCUAAUGGGCGUAAGGUCUUGAAGGAUUUGAAGGGAAACGGUGACGAUUUCAUCAACGAAGUCACCAGCAUGAGCCAGACAUCUCAUGUAAACAUUGUUUCUCUUCUUGGUUUCUGCUAUGAAGGGUCCAAAAGAGCGAUUAUAUCUGAGUUUUUGGAGCAUGGGUCUUUGGAUCAGUUUAUCUCUAGAAAAAAAUCAUUGACUCUGGACGUGGCAACAAUAUAUGGAAUCGCGCUAGGCAUCGCUCGGGGAUUGGAGUACUUGCACUAUGGCUGCAAAACAAGAAUUGUGCAUUUCGACAUUAAACCUCAGAAUAUUCUGUUAGACGGCAAUCUUUGUCCUAAAGUCUCAGACUUUGGCCUUGCUAAGCUUUGUGAGAAAAGAGAAAGUGUUAUGUCAUUGAUGGACACAAGAGGAACUAUAGGUUACAUUGCACCUGAGCAAGGAACAAAGAAAUACUAGAAACUAUUGAUCCCGCUGCUAGUUCGACUUACUUUCCAGAUUGGAUCUAUAAAGAUCUUGAAGAUGG